ACAGGAUGCCAGUUUGUCAUUUAACAUUGUUUUCACUAGAUCACCAGAUUCUCCACCAGAUUCUCCGUGAGAUUGCAGUAAGGUAGAAAUAUUGUGUGAAACAUAAACAAUCCAUUCUUGAUCAUCCACCAUCCAACUUCAGUAUGUUUCGUGGAGCAUUUGGUUUCUUCAUUUCCUACCUCUUAGUUUCAAGCACAUUUGCAACCUCAGAUCCUUCACCAGAUGAGGAUGACUCCUGUGGAUUAAUGCAGGCACUUCCAUAUAUUGUUGUCUUUGGAGGAGCAGCAAUGUUUGGAGGUCCUCCGGUUGUUGGAGCACUUGGAUUUACCACAAAGGGGAUAGCAGCGAAAUCUGUGGGAGCAUUAAUGAUGAAAGUCACUGCAUUACUCAAUGGUGGAUCAGUGCCUGCAGGGAGUCUGGUGUCAAUACUUCAAAGUCUAGGGGCAAAAGCUGGGCUUCCUACCUUGGGUUCAAUUGGAGCUAGAACUGGAUAUGACUUCCAUAAAUACUUUUUGUGUGGAAAAAGUAAAAAGUCAUCCUCAAAAAACUAACAUCAGCAAGCAGGAAAAGGAAUUAGU